UAUGCCAGUUAGCUGUGACGAACUACGUGAGAAGGCUCCCUCGGUUGGUCCGUGACUGCCCAACUUUGCACAGGCUCUUCGUCACUCGGCCUCACUGAGGGGGAAAUAAGAACUGCUCCCCUUCAUUAGACUUAAUGCUCGGUUUCUAAAACGGAUUAUCGUCGCGUAGUUUUAUUUUUCGCUAUAUACUUUGCAGGCUAGGUAGCUACAGCUUUGAAAAUAAACUGGAUGUAAAUGCGUUGAGUGAGCUGGUCAGUGUGGACAUGGCAGCUCUAUGCACAUCCGGGCCACAGCAUAGCGACUCCAUUAUUCUCAAUUCACUGUGAAAGUAAGUGAUCCCGCUAGCACAGCGCAGAGAGGAGGGCGGACAAGCCACACGGGAGUUUUACACGGGAAUUCGGCUACAAAGCUGGAAAGCUAAGGGAGAUGUCUAAUCAAGGGGGAAGAAGAAAUGGACCCGUAAAAUUGCGUUUAACAGUGCUGUGUGCGAAGAAUCUGGCAAAGAAAGACUUCUUUCGCCUACCUGACCCCUUUGCUAAGGUGGUAGUGGACGGUUCAGGACAGUGCCACUCCACAGACACAGUCAGAAACACACUCGACCCCAAAUGGAACCAACACUAUGACUUAUACAUUGGGAAGUUGGACUCCAUCACUAUCAGCGUGUGGAACCAUAAGAAGAUCCACAAGAAGCAGGGCGCCGGCUUUCUGGGCUGUGUACGGCUCCUCUCCAACUCCAUCAACCGCCUCAAAGACACUGGCUAUCAGAGAUUGGAUCUCAACAAGUUGGGGCCUAAUGACAGUGACACAGUGAGGGGCCAGAUAGUAGUGAGUCUGCAGUCCAGAGACAGAAUUGGAACUGGUGGGCCAGUGGUAGACUGCAGUCGUCUGUUUGACAAUGACCUACCUGAUGGCUGGGAAGAAAGAAGAACCGCAUCUGGUCGAAUCCAGUACCUUAACCACAUCACACGCAGCACACAGUGGGAGAGGCCCACCAGGCCGGCAUCUGAGUACUCUAGUCCAGGUCGGCCGCUCAGCUGUCUGGUGGAUGAAAACACUCCCAUCAUGACUCCUAAUGGUGCAGCAGGAGUGGAGGCAGGUGAUCUGCGGGUUCAGGAGCGUCGGGUUCGUUCACAGAGACACAGAAAUUACAUGAGCCGAACUCAUCUUCACACCCCACCAGACCUGCCCGAGGGCUACGAGCAGCGCACCACGCAGCAGGGUCAGGUGUACUUCCUGCACACCCAGACAGGUGUCAGCACUUGGCAUGACCCCAGAGUACCCAGGGAUCUGAGUAAUGUAAAUUGUGAGGAGUUGGGGCCACUGCCUCCAGGCUGGGAGAUUAGGAACACAGCUACGGGUCGAGUUUACUUCGUGGACCACAACAACCGAACUACACAGUUUACUGACCCGCGGCUCUCUGCCAACCUGCACCUCGUCCUCAAUCCCAGUCCUAAUGGUUCCCGUGGUGCUGGUGAGGCUCCAAACAGUCGUGCAGGUCAGCUGAAAGACCAGGCCCAGUCUGCACUGUCUCCUGGUAACCUGCCUGAAGAUGCAGAGUGUCUGACUGUGCCCAAGUACAAGAGAGACCUGGUGCAGAAGCUGAAGAUCCUCCGGCAGGAGCUCUCACAGCAGCAGCCACAGGCUGGACACUGCCGCAUCGAAGUGUCCCGCGAAGAGAUCUUUGAGGAGUCGUACCGGCAGGUGAUGAAGAUGAGGCCGAAAGACUUGUGGAAGAGACUGAUGGUGAAGUUCAGAGGAGAGGAAGGACUGGAUUAUGGAGGAGUAGCCAGGGAGUGGUUAUACCUCCUGUCACAUGAGAUGUUGAAUCCAUACUACGGCCUCUUCCAGUACUCGCGGGAUGACAUCUACACUCUACAGAUCAACCCAGACUCUGCCGUCAACCCGGAACACUUGUCCUACUUCCACUUUGUGGGCCGCAUAAUGGGCAUGGCUGUGUUCCACGGCCAUUACAUAGAUGGCGGCUUUACUCUGCCCUUUUACAAGCAACUGCUGGGCAAACCCAUCACCCUGGAUGACAUGGAGUCUGUAGACCCUGACCUGCACAACAGUUUAGUCUGGAUCCUUGACAAUGACAUCACAGGGGUACUGGACCACACAUUUUGUGUAGAGCACAAUGCAUAUGGGGAGAUCAUUCAGCAUGAGCUCAAACCAAAUGGCAAGAGCAUCCCUGUAACCCAGGAGACCAAGAAGGAGUAUGUCAGGCUUUAUGUUAAUUGGCGGUUCCUGAGAGGCAUUGAGGCUCAGUUCCUGGCCCUGCAGAAAGGCUUCAAUGAGGUCAUACCACAACACCUGCUCAAGGCCUUUGAUGAGAAAGAGCUUGAGCUGAUCGUGUGUGGCCUGGGGAAGAUCGACAUAAACGACUGGAAGUCCAACACACGAUUGAAGCACUGCACACCAGACAGCAACAUCGUGAAGUGGUUCUGGCGAGCUGUUGAGUCAUUCGAUGAGGAGCGGAGAGCCCGACUGCUGCAGUUCGUCACCGGCUCCUCCAGAGUGCCGCUGCAGGGCUUCAAAGCUUUACAAGGAGCUGCAGGCCCGCGUCUCUUCACCAUCCAUCAGAUUGAUGCCAGCACCGAUAACCUCCCCAAGGCCCACACAUGCUUCAACCGCAUUGACAUUCCUCCAUACGAGCACUAUGACAAGCUCUACGACAAACUUCUAACAGCCAUUGAGGAGACUUGUGGCUUUGCCGUGGAGUGAUUGGCCUGCAUUUAGUGGAUGAGCUGUUUUGUGGGAGGAGUUGACCCGUCACUCUACCCCAAGGGGGGUGGCCUAUGGUUCAGCAGCACCGCCCCUGUCAUCAGAAGCAGGGACAGGACUAGGAAUAGGAUGAUGAGAGGGAUGGAAUAUUUUGCAGCACUCUAUGCCUAAUUCAGCUACAUGGGUUUUUUUUCUGCUUCCCUGCAUAUUUUUUUGUUUUGUUUUGUUUUUUAAGACAAAAAUGGACUUUUUUUCAGCUGCUAGUAACUCUUGACUUUUUACCAUUUUUUGGAACAUGUGUAAAUGACUGCUCUUCCUCUUGUGUUUUUUAGCAUUAAGAAAAAAGAUAUAGACAGUAUUUCAUGUAGCGUCUGUACCAACUGACUGAGGAGAAAGGAGGGACACUGGUGGGGUGCCAACAGAGCACUCCUGCAUAAGCUAACAGAGUAGCACUACUGCCCUUACUGAAGACAAGUGGAAGAUGCCAGUGUCGACAAAGGACUACACGCAAUGGUGUUUGUUUGCCAGGUGGACUUGGAAGCCCUUGUAGCAGGUCCUAGUCUUCUGAAGUAGAACAGGGUGUGAUACUCUAAUAUCUUGUUGCAUGGUGGACAUUUGGGGCCCGACAUGCCAUUGCAAGCUACAAAGGAGCUCUAAUGAGGGCUCUCAUUUAGGGCCCUAGUGCAAGUGCCCUGCUGGCCACUGUUAAGCCCAUAAACACCAGAAACCAUCACAACUACCUGUGCUCCAUUCCGUAAAACCAGUCUCAUCAGCAGUCUGAUGUAUAAGCUUCUUUGAAAUGAAUGAAUGAAUGAUCGCUUGAUGGAUUGAUUGAGUGUUAUUUUUAUAGGACACGGGGGAAACAUGUAGAAAUGAACAACCAAAUUAUAUAGAAUUAUAAUUUAUUACCCUUAUUUACCCACUAUAAACUUGUGUUCUCCAGAGCAAAAAAAAAAUGAAGUGGAACAUGUACACUGCUUUGCCAUGGAUGACUUAACAGGUGGCAGUUCAAAGAAAGGAAAGGUGAUAUGAAUGUUUUAAGGAACCCAUCUCCUUUAGUGCCAUUUAUUUUUUAAAACGCAUGAUUUGACAUCAUCAGACCUGAACAUCCUAACGGCUAACUAAAGGUAUGUCUAUGCGCAUGUAUGAUGGAUUUCAUUUUGUACCCUUCAGUCAUGGAAUCUCUGUUUCUUAUUGACCCCAAAAAGAAUGAUAAGGCUACAUUAAGGUGUGGUUCCUGUAUUGAGUAUCAACACUAAUAUUGCCUGCUAUGACUCACAGGAAACAAAAGGCAUAAUUAAAUUUUACUAUUUUUUACUGUAUCUGAUACUCUUAAGAUUAAGAUUGAGACCCUUAUUAGUCCCACAAUGGGGAAAUUUCACCUCCACAAUCUAACCCAUUCGUUACACCACAUACACACUAGUGAACACACACACUAGGGGGCAGUGAGCACACUGCCCAGGGUGGUGGGCAGCCCUAUCCGCAGUGCCCGGGGAGCAGUUGGGGGUUAGGUGCCUUGCUCAAGGGCACCUCAGUCACGUACUGUUGGCUCAGGGGAUCGAACCAGUGACCUUUCGGUCACAAGGCUUGUUCCCUAACCUCCACCCAACAACUCCCCCCUCUUGUAUAGUUACUUAAAUUAUAUCGGUGAGCAGACAUUUAAUUACGCUACAGGGUGAGCAAUGGUGAAGUAAUCCAAGUUUAAAGGUUCAAACACAAACAAAAAUAGAUGACGCUGACAUUUAGAACAUGGCUACAGCGGAUUUUAGCCAUUUUGUCCUUCUGCUUCAAGGGGACUGUAGCCGCAGUACCUGACUAUGAAUUACUUUGGACAAAAGUGUCCGUUAAAUGACUAAAUCUCAAAUGUGUCACCAGUUAUACCCAAACGCCUUGAAAACCGUUUGUAUUAUUUUAAAUGUGUAGCCUCAGACAUAGUGCAACACCUUUUUUUUUUUUUUGAUACUUUCCAGCUUCAUUCUAGGACUCACAAGCAACAUAUUUGAUUCUUAAACAACGGCUUGAAUUUUUAGCUGUCCUCUCUAGUAAAAAAGUCUCCAUCAUAUUUAUUUUAUUUCAUAAGCUCAUGUUAGAUGGUUGAAUGUUUGAGAUGAUACUUGUCUAUAGCAAUCCUCUAUGACCAUGGACUGUUGUUAAAAUUUGCAUAUGCUGAAAAUGAAUUACACUUCUCGUUGUAUUACUUUUUUUUAUAAACUGAGUGUGGAAAAAAAAAGUGGAAAAAAUAAUCUCUGGAUAAAGUGAUUAUCCUGAAGUUAUCCUGAAAAGGUGCUUUGUACAGUAAUAGAAUAUUGUCCUUAUACAGUUGGCCAUGUGGAUCACAGAAAUCUGUCAUAUAUCUUUAACUUAAAUAGAAAGAUAUAAAAAGACAUUGGGGGAAAAUACAUUUUUGCACACAUGCAGACUGUAAUUGUUGUAAAUAAUAGGCAAAAAAAAAUUCUAUUUACCGAACUCUUUAUGAACGGAAUGAAUUUUUUUAAAUGUAUUUCAUUUACUUUCAAGUCCAGUGCACACAUACAGACUCUCUUCUCAUCAUUUUUUGUUUUCUUCUCUUUACUCAGCGUCACUCUUUUGUUGUACAGCUGCCUCCAGGACGUUGGACUGGAUGUUGUUUUGGCAUGUUAAAAUUCGAGAGGCGCCUCUGGUUUAUUUUAGCAUGACUUACUAGCAGGACUAUAUCUCAUAGUUGACAGGUGCAAUUUGUUUAAUGUAACACACUAUCAUUUUUUGUAAGAGUAUUUUAUUUUUGUGUGUAAUUAGUUCUGAUUAAACUGGCUUUUGGCACCAAC